AUGUUGUCUCUUCCAUCCAUCAUCAUGAUCUUUCUUCUUUUGGCCAUGCAGCCAAUGGCCAUGCCUUCCUUGAUGAGUGCAAACUACACUCGUCCAUCCACUCAAGUCUCCAGUUUGGCCAACGAAAACAUUGUUUCCACUGUUGACUUUUUUGGAACCACCGUGGAGAUGGAAUCCACUGGUAUUCCUUCUUUCUCCCUUGCGGAGUUUAUCCUGUCUAUUGACUACGAAUCGGUCAAGGCUUUCGCACAAGACUUCAGCAAGAAGUACGAAGCCUUCGCCGAAACAUUCACUGAUGCCAUGUCUGUCAUCUUCGAGUUCUUCAGUAUCGAGUACAACUACAACGCCUACAAGCAAUCGAUCAACUACGAAUCGAUCAAAGCUUACGCACAAGACCUCAACGAGAAGUACGAAGGCUUGUCUUUGGCAGAACUCUUAAAUGAGCAGUACAAAGCAUACGCCCAAGCAGCGUUUACUGCCAUGCAUUCAAAGAUCGAACUCUUCAUCCAGAAGCUCGAAGCAUACAACCAAGAGUCCCAUGUCGAGUACCAACGAGUCUACAAGAAGCUAGAAUAUGUUGCCAGUGACCUACUUGCUGCAGCUCCAGCUUGGCCAAGCAUACUUGACCCUGAAUUCAUUGUCAGAGAUGUUUUCGACGGAAUGGAAUCCUACACCACCAAGGACCCAUUCGUCCCAGCACCACUUCCACCGUUGCUAUCCCUUGAGGACGCUCAAUCGAUUGCAGCAAUGGAGGUAGUAUUGGACUCCUCGACCACUUUUGGUUCCAUUGCCAUUGCCCUACUCCUCGUCGCCACUGUGACUACAAUCAUUUAUGCCAGCAGUGUCAUCGAUCGAGAGCUCAUAUCCAUGGAAGAUUUAUCCAUCGUCUUGGAGACACCCUGUUUGUCCAUGACUGAUUUGAGAAAGAAAAUGACACCAUCGGUCAUACUCUGUUCUGCGGAUGCUUAUGCUAGGUAUCAAGCGAGUUGCGACAAGUCCAAGGACCCUUCCAUCGUGGACCUUUGCAACCUAUUCGCCAACAUUUCCUUCCUAAAGGAUACUACGGAUCCUUCUAAAAAUGAAUGA